AUGUUUUUCCUACUAAUUGUGGUCAUUUUGACCACUUAUGCCUUAUUUCAAUAUCAGUUGAUGCGGAAAUUACCGCCAGGUCCAAUUCCAUUUUUGUUCUUUGGAAAUUUUCCGCAUCUUUUCUACUAUUGUGUGCGGAAAGGUGGCUUUGCGAAAGCGCUACGUGAGAUACAAAAAAGUUAUGGAGAUGUACACACCCUAUGGCUUGGCCCAAUGCCUUUCGUCAACUUGUGCACAUUCGAAAAGGCUAAAGAGCUCAUGGUGAAUCAGGGUCACACGCAGCUCGGUCGUUUCACCGCUCCGUUCAUUCGAUUAAAUCAAACUGAUGAGUUCGGCAAAACCUGGGGAAUCAUCUCGAGCACUGAUGAGACUUGGCUCGAGCAUAGACGUUUCGCUUUGCAUACGUUACGAAAUUUCGGAAUGGGACGAAAUUUGAUGGAGGGGAGAAUUAUUGAAGAACUCGAUUAUCAACUAAACGAACUCGAUCAACGAAUGGUUGACGGGAAAGCGGAGAUCCUGGUGGCAAAGUUGACGGAUUUGAUCGUUGGAUCGGUGAUCAACCGACUUCUCUUUGGAUACAGAUUUGAUCCUCCCCGUCGUGAGUACUUCUUCAAGAUCAAAACCCGUAUGGAACGAAUGAUCAACAACACGACCCCGUUGGAUUUCAUGAUUAGAGACUGGUGGAAAUACGUUCCCCUUCUCAGCUGGCGUUUGAAUACGAUUCAUGAAGCAAUUGAUCCAAUCAUUGAAUACGUACGGGAAAACAUUAAACGAAGGAAAGAAGAACUCAAAACAGGAGAAUACGUUCUUGGGGAAGAGCCGGAAGACUUCAUUGAUGCCUAUUUGAUUGAGCAGAAGAAACGAGGAACGGAUUUGGGAGAGAUGACUGCUCAAGGCCUUUUGGUGGAUCUCCAUGACCUGUGGCUAGCUGGUCAAGAAACAACAUCGGUCACUCUACAAUGGGCUUUACAUUUACUCUUGCGACAUCCUACUGUAAUGAAAAAAUGUAAAGAAGAGAUCCUCCGAGAAACUAGUGGCAAUCGAAAUCUUUCCCUAAACGAUCGCCAAACCACUCCGUACUUUGUAGCAACUUGCACGGAAGUCCAACGCCAUGCCUCAAUUCUUAACUUUAACUUGUGGAGGACAACAAACGGGCCAAGUUCGAUCGAUGGUUACGAUCUCCCUAUAGGAACACUGACUACAGCUCAAAUUUCUCUGAUUCUCAGUGAUCCAGAGACUUUCAAGCAAACUCAAGAGUUUGACCCGUCACGUUACCUGAAUGAAAAUGGAAAAUCAUUGUUCGAGAAAACAAUACCAUUUGGGAUCGGGAAACGAAGUUGUCCAGGGGAAAGUCUCGCAAAGGCUGAGAUUUAUUUGAUUCUCGGCAACAUUCUCACUCGCUAUAACAUCACUCCGUCUGAAACAAAUCCACCAAAAGGAAUCGCUAGCUUGUUAUCAGUUGGUCAUCGUCCGAAUCGUUUCUCAGCCGUUUUCGAAAAAAUUGAAAUA